AUGACCGACCCGCUUCGUCCUGGUCUCCGGCCGGUUUCCCAUCUCAAAGCUGGGCCGACCACCUCCAGCUCCCAGUCCACCGCGCUACCUGCCUCGACACAGCCGCCGCCUUCUCGGCCCUCCUCUCGACUACGGACCCAGCGAAGCUCAAGUCGAGAUGAAUCGGUUGAUGGGACCAGCGAAAAGGCCACCAUUACCCUAAUCCGACGCGUCCUCUGCGCCCCGACAGGCACUCACGGCGCGUCUUCUCCACAGCCUCCGGAAGAGCUGUUACCUCCCCUCACGAGCUCCAACGACGUUGACCGUCAGCUUUACGCGCUCCUCGCAAUCAUUAUCAAGGAAUUUGUUUAUUCGUGGUAUUCAAAGAUCACUCCAGAUCAGGCUCUCGUCAAUGAAAUCAUCCAAGUCAUCGCCCACUGCACACGUGCACUUGAGCAGCGAGUGCGCCAGGUCGACGUUGCACAGUUGGUCUUGGACGAGAUACCUGCGCUGGUAGAAGCACAUGUUCUCUCAUAUAGACUAGCCAUGCAGCAAUCCCAACUUUUUGGGUUACCGACCUCACGACGUGCACUCUAUCAUGAGUUGAAUCCUCAUCCUGGGCUAUCACCAGUGCCAGAUGCAUCCGAUCCAGAGACCAUUGCUGUGCAACGGGAGAAUGAGGCGGUUUAUCGGCGGCUACUAGCCAACGGAACUUUGGCGGUUUUGUUGCCCAGCGAGGAUCUCGAAAACGGCAGCUUACGUACCCUACUGGUCGACAUCCUGGCAGACCUGAUCCUGGGAAAUGAAGUUGGCGGCAGGAUAUGCGAAGGGUGGUUUUUCUGGGAAACCAUAACCAAGCUGGCUGCUGUAGUGCAACGACGUAAAAACACUGAGGGUUUAGAUCCGAGUCAGGGCGCCCAAUCAAGCCGGUUAGAGAGAUUUGGCUUGCUCUCGACCCAAGAUGAGCCCUCCAGCAGCCAGUCAGCCGCCCAGUCUCCUGUCGCCGUCUGGAUAUGGAAUAUUCUCCAGAGUCUCUACCUUGGUUAUGUUGCCCUCCGUUUUAUCACCGUGGGCCUGUUCCGCGUUGCAUCCAUCCCAAGCCCGGGAGCCUCGCACGGGGCGAGUGUGUCAUUCUCUGCAACGCCAGUCAACCACAAGACAGACCCGCUCGAGUCGACGUCCGGCGUCGCAGGUAAGCGCCCGGUUUUGGGCUAUCGGGUAUAUUCCAUGGUCUCGCAACUAGUGGGCAUCCCCGAGAGAAUGCCGUGGCUGGGUGGAAUGAUUUCGCUACUCCAACACCUGAUUCUGGCGGGUCCAGGCAGGCUUGGUAGUACGGAUGGGGUCCUUGAUAGAUUCCUCCGGCAAACCAUUGAGGAGUAUGUCCUCACCCCCACUUUGUUGCCCAACCUUCUUCUUGCAACAAGGAUGACCCUGUUCCCAGCCAAUACGCGUCCGUCAUCGCAGGGAGCAGCCGUGAAUGUUGGAACGGCUUUGGCUCCGCAGGUGCCCGCGCAGCCCCCAGCACCCAGUCAGAAAGCCGUCGCGCCCUCGGGUGUGCCGGCGGUCCCUACGAUUGCAGACGGGGUCAGGGGACCAGCGGUGGCAGGCGACGCGAUUGGUAAAAGCGGAAAAAGCAAUGCCCCCGGAAAUAAUCAUAAUAAUCAUGACAGCGGCCCUGCCGCGACAGCCACAUCGCCUGUUGCGGCGUCGGUAGUGUCGUCGACUGCUGCUGAUGCCCCUCCUUCAUCCACUCAGCCGGCCACCGCGAAUAGACUCAGGCCCACCAGCGCGGAGAUCGCCGCCAUUGAGCGGCGAUGUGCAGCUAGCCUCCUGGCCGUGAUCCCGCCCAGCGUCGCACGAACCCUCUUCGGGGUCUCAUCACCGGUGUCACCGGCUCCCGGCAGCCGUGAUCGUACCUGCAGCACCACCACCGGUAGUUCGUCUACCCUCACCACCACCGCCAUCACCUCCCCGGCCCCGCUCUCAUCGGCGAUCGAGGAGAGCGGGGACCAUUCCCGAUUCGCGUCCAAGGGGCAGCAAUCUUCCCAGGCAUCAUCAUCGUCUGCAUCGCACUCGAGCUCUGCUUCUUCUCUACCAACCUUAUUACGCGACGGCGUUGCCACUGCCCAUCAGCCAGACUCUAAUCCACCCAGUAGUAGUCCAGAGGACAUGCAUCUCCUGGCUGCAAUAGAGACCGAUCUGCUGGAUCUCUUCGCAGAUGAGUACUGUAAUCGCCACCUGAUCUACUCCAUCAUCGAGGUCAUUCUGGCGAAGAUCCUCCCGGAAAUUGCAGACCGCAGUGUCCAGGACUUGAUGGAGGAUCGCGGCGUUCCCCCUGUGCCUGGUGCUUUUCAGACUUGGAGAUAA